UUGUCACAAAUAAAACAUAAUCAACAUAAUCCAGUGGAUACAUAAAUUGCUUGUCAACGGGGUCAAUUCAACCAAGAAGUUACGAUUUUGACUACGCUCUAUUCACAAUCUAUUUUUAUGUUACUCCGUCAAGGUCGAAGAACUGCAGUUUUCAACUUCGUAUAUAGUUAUCAAUUACGGACUUUUGCUGCUACAAGAAAGUCUUGUUACUAUCACUAUAGCAACAUGGUUGACACACAGAUAGGAACAAUGGAAUAUGGAAGACAAAUUGAUGAACAGCAGAGUUUUAAAAUAAUGGAAUACUGUUUGAGUAAAGGUGUAAACUGGUUUGACACCGCAUUAAUGUAUAAUGGGAGCAAAAGUGAGAAAAUAGUUGGAAAUUUUGCCGCCAAAGUGGGGCGAGCAAAGAUAAAGAUUGCAACAAAAGCUUUCCCUGGCUACAAUGAUAAAGGUUUUAGUUUUGAUGGUAUUAUUGAACAACUGAAUGAAUCCUUAAGCAACUUACAAACGGAUUACGUGGACAUCUUUUAUCUCCAUUAUCCUGAUCGCAAUUUUCCUAUCGAAGAAACACUCAAAGCUUGUAAUGAACUUCAUAAACAAGGGAAAUUUAAAGAACUAGGCGUCAGUAAUUACGCGUCCUGGGAACUGAUGGAUGUAUAUCACAUUUGUAAAAGCAAUAACUGGGUUAUUCCCACGGUUUAUCAAGGAAUGUACAAUCCGCUGACCAGGAUGGUCGAAGCAGAAUUAUUUCCUUGUUUAAGAAAAAUUGGCGUGAGAUUUUUUGCUUACAACAUGUUGGCGGGUGGCCUGUUAACCGGCAAACACAAGUUGGACGACAAUCCUGAAGAGCAGACUAAACCAGGAAGAUUCUUUGGGAAGGAAUUCUGGCCCUCAAGCUACCGCAAGCGAUUUUGGCACCAGGAAUAUUUUGACGGUGUAGAGAAAAUUCAGAAAGCGACUACUUCAUGUUAUCGUGACGAAAACGUAUCUCUUAUUGAAGUGUGUACUCGAUGGAUGUAUCAUCAUUCUCUGUUGUCGGAGAAACACGGAGAUGGAGUUAUUAUUGGCGGAUCUUCUCCAGCACAACUGGAAAAUAAUUUAAACUUUAUUGACAAAGGACCUUUACAUCCUGACAUUGUUGCUGCAUUUGAACUUUCUUGGGAAAGAAUUAGUGGCGUUUGUCCUCGUUACAAUCGGUAGCCGAACUAUGAUUGGUCAGUUUCAAUUGACGAUUUCAAUGAACUCUAACUACGGACAAGUUCUGAUACAGAAUUAAAUCAUUUAUAUUUUCCAAAAGUUUAUCUAUAUAUUACUGAAUAAAAUGUAGGUGGUGGAUUUUUUUGAAUGCAUUUUCUACAAGGAAAUAAUUUCCUAUUAAAGACGAUUCCUCCAUGAUUUAGUCACCAGUACACUUUGUAAUCUUUUGUGAAAAAAUAUUUCUAUUGCUAAUUGUA